UGCUUUUAAGACAAUAAUAAAAAAGGGCUUUUAAAACUUGUUCAAGCUACUUUCAUACAAAGAAUGGUCAACUAGAUGCCAAAUUAAGUAUAAUUACAGGCUUGGAGAAUGCCUUUUUUAACUGUAAUUCCCCUUCACCCCACUGUCAAAAAAUGUCAAGCCUCUGACAUUCCCAAACAGAUUGUAAUUUUUGUUGAUUAAAAAGCAUGUAAAUAUUGACAUCGCACACGAAUAUUUAUAUUGGUAUGUCCAGUUAUUCACCACAAUCCUAGUAUUUUGGCUGUGACGUAACGAGUUGUAAAAUUCGAUCUUUUCUUGGAAAAUGCUGACGCAAGCCCUGUAUUGGAGUACACCUAAAAAUUCGUAUAAAAAGUUUCUAUCCUAUAAUGGCUGGUAAUUUUUGGCAAAGUUCUCACAAUCAACAGUGGAUCUUGGACAAACAAGAUCUAGUCAGAGAACGACAACACGACUUGGCUAUUCUCACCGAAGAAGAAUAUCAGAAAAUAUUUAUAUUUUUCGCGAGCGUAAUCCAGACACUGGGGGAACAGUUAAAAUCACGCCAGCAAGUUAUCGCGACUGCUACAGUAUAUUUUAAACGGUUUUACGCAAUAAACUCUUUAAAAUGUAUUGAUCCUCUAUUGUUAGCACCCACCUGUAUAUUUUUAGCUUCUAAAGUAGAAGAGUUUGGUGUUAUUUCUAAUACUAGGUUAAUAUCCACUUGUCAAACAGUCAUUAAAAAUAAGUUUGGUUAUGCUUACAAUCAAGAAUUUCCAUAUCGUACGAAUCAUAUUUUAGAAUGUGAAUUUUACUUACUGGAAAAUCUCGAUUGUUGCUUGAUCGUUUACCAGCCAUAUAGGCCUCUACUACAACUAGUUCAGGAUAUAGGACACGAAGAACAACUUUUAACAUUAUCAUGGCGAAUAAUCAAUGAUUCCUUAAGAACUGAUGUGUGUUUACUCUAUCCACCUUAUCAGAUUGCAAUAGGCUGUCUACAAAUAGCUUGUGUCAUCUUACAAAAGGAUAACAAGUUGUGGUUUGCUGAGUUAAAUGUGGACAUGGAAAAAAUUCAGGAAAUUGCUAGAUAUAUUAUAAAUUUAUUAGAUUUGUGGAAGUCGUACGAUGAAAAAAAGGAGAUACAAGGAUUGUUAGGAAAGAUGCCUAAGCCAAAGCCAGCCCCUCAGAGAUAGUGUGCUAGGAAUUUAGUGAUAAAAUUGAUUUUAUGGAUAGUAAGAUAUUUAAUUCUCUUUUAAACAAUUCAGUACAGAUUUCUGAUGAGUACAAACACUAAUGAAUUAAUAAGUAUAGAAAGAAUACAGGCAUGUCAAAUGAAGUUUAGUUAUCUAUGUAACUUCAAAGUAAAUUCAAGUAUUAUUAAAAUACGCUUAUAUAGAGAUAAUUCAUAUGAAUUUAUGCCGUUACAAUUUUCUUACUCGUUUUGUAACAUGUACGAAUCUUAAUUUUAACCUCUACAUAUUGUGAUCUUAAUGCAAUUUUGAGAAUAUAGACUUAAAUGUUAAGAAAUAAAUUUUCAUUUCAACACA